CUUUGCCUCCUGCAUGCAUUUCUACUACUCACUAUUAGAGCUGAGCUGAUCCUGGUGUCAUGCCUUUGAAUCUCCAGAAUGCUUCUACUCAGAGUCAGCUGUGAGGAGCAGGGGACAACAAUGAAAGCUGGGUCUGGUGUCCCCGUCUGGGUAGCCUGUCUGCUCUUGACAUUUCCUGCCAUAGCUACUGAGACCCAAAUCACUCAGCCGGAAGUGGACACCCCCCUGGGCUGUGUGCGAGGCCGGCAGGUGGGCGUGAAGGGCAUAGACCACCUUGUGAAUGUCUUCCUGGGCAUCCCAUUUGCGCAGCCACCCCUGGGACCUCUCAGGUUCUCCGCCCCGCUGCCAGCACAGCCCUGGGAAGGUGUGCGAGAUGCCAGCACUGACCCCCCAAUGUGCAUGCAGGACAUAGAGAGAAUGAACAAUAGCAGAUUCUCACUCAAUGGAAAGCAUCAAAUCUUCUCUAUUUCUGAGGACUGCCUGGUCCUCAACAUCUACAGCCCAGCUAAGGCCACUACAAAGGCCAGGAAGCCGGUCAUGGUGUGGAUCCACGGAGGUUCAUUGAUGGUAGGCUCCGCCACCUCUCAGGAUGGAUCAGCCCUGGCUGCCUAUGAGGAUGUGGUAGUGGUCACAGUUCAGUACCGCCUUGGGAUCCUUGGCUUCUUCAGCACUGGGGACAAGCGUAUGCCCAGCAACCAAGGCUUCCUAGAUGUGAUAGCCGCUCUACGGUGGGUGCAGGAGAACAUCGCUCCCUUUGGGGGUGAUCCCAACUGUGUCACCAUCUUUGGUGGAUCUGCAGGUGCCUGUAUCGUCUCUGCCCUGGUCUUAUCUCCAAUGGCCACAGGACUGUUCCACAGAGCCAUAGCACAGAGUGGGGUCAUCUUUUCCCCAAUGCUGACAGUGUCUGACUCUUCGCUCAAAGUUCAGAGCCUUGCAGAGUCUUUAGCCUGCAGCUCUGACUCAAUGGCUGAGCUGGUGCAGUGCCUUCAGCAGAAGAAAGGAGAGGAGCUGAUCCUUACCAAAGAAUCGAAAAUGAUAGCCCCUACCUACACCAUCGAUGGAUCUUUCUUUCCCAAAAGCCCUGAGGAGCUCCUGAAGGAGAGGCAGUUCCACCCUGUGCCCUUCCUCGUGGGUGUCAAUAAUCACGAGUUCGGAUGGCUCAUCCCUAGGGCCUUCGGUCUGCUGGAUAAGAUGGAGCAGAUGAGCCGGGAAAACAUGCUGGACACGCUGAAGCCCUCUUUGACAAAUAUGAAUGUGCCCCCUGAGAUGACGUCCAUGGUCAUAGACCAGUAUCUAGGCAGUGGCUCAGAUGCACAAGCCAUACGUGAAGCCUUCCAGGAACUGGCUGGUGAUAUCAUCUUCAACAUCCCAACUUUGAAUUUCUCAAGAAACCUCCAAGAUUCUGGGGUCCCUAUUUUUUUCUAUGAGUUCCAGCAUGUACCCAGUUCUUUUGCAAAGAUCAAGCCACCCUGGGUGAAGGCUGACCAUGCAGCUGAGCAAGCAUUCAUGUUCGGGGGUCCUUUCCUCAUGGAUGAACGCACCCUCUUGGCCUUUCCAGAAGCUACAGAGGAAGAGAAGCAGCUGAGUCUCACCAUGAUGGCCCAGUGGGCCCGCUUUGCCCAAACAGGGGACCCCAAUGGCAAGGGGCUGCCUUUUUGGCCCCAAUUCAACCAGUUAGAGCAAUACUUGGAGAUCAGCCUAGUGCCACGCAUUGGGCAGAAGCUGAAGGAAGCCCAGAUGCAGUUCUGGACAGAGACGCUCCCCAGCAAGAUCCAACAGUGGCACCAAAAGAAGCAAGGCAGGAAGGCCCCAGAGGAGCUCUGAGCUAGGAAACUUAUGAAUGUUCUGAAGAAAAUGCUAGCAAGAUAUGUGGGGGAAUUCUGGCUUCCUGAGAACUGCUUCUGAUCCCUAAGAUAAUGCUGCGCCAGAGGACCUGACUGACCUGGUGGCUUAUUCAGUGUCCCCUGGGCCCAUGUGCACACUGGAUGGGGCCUUCUGUGACCUGGACACCCCACUGAGGUGCCUGGCCAGGCACAACUGCUUUCCAUAUGGACCAGGUGAAAGUUGUUACUUCUCUGGGGAGGUGGCAAAAAUGGGGCCACCUGUUGGCAAGACUGGCCCAUAAGGUCCACACAGAACUGCCCAAGGAACAGCACAUCUGAGUAGGGGAGCCUAUGUGUAUCUGGACCCAGGACUGGAGGGUGGGCUCAUGUUUGCCUUCUCCAUUCCCUUCCCCUGAUAGGCCUAUGCUUUCAGAUAUAUUCUAGGGUGCUUGGGCUAACUUGGUCAAGGGCCGGGGCAGCAGAAGAAAGACACUCUUUCAUCUCCUACAGCCUAAAUUCCAUACUUCUAAUAGUGUGGCCACAACCCACAGGAAGCUCAGCAGAAGAAGAUGAUGAAGAGAGAAAAGUGGUCAACACAGGGGCCAAAUAGAGCUGCUGGUAGACCCUACUUCCCCAGAUCUGUCUUCCCUACCCCAUCAUUGCUACUUUUUUAAAUCCCAUGCUGAGCUGGGCAUCAUGGCACAUGCCUAUAAUCCCAGUGCUCGGGAAGCUGAAGCAGGAGAAUUGCUGUAAAUUCAAGGCCAGCCUGAGCUGCAUAGUGAGUUCAAGUCCAGCCUGGACUACGUAGUGACACCUUGUCUCAACAAAAAAUCCACACUGAAAGCCAGGUGUUGUGGGCCAUGCUUGUAAUCUCAGUACUCAUGAGGCUGAGACAGGAAGGUCACGGAGAGUUCAAGGUCAACUUGAACUACACAGCUAAACUCUGUCUCAACGUCCCCCCCAAAAAAUCACACACUGACUGUGAACCCUCUACCAAUGUUCAUGAAAGAAAAUAUGAGCUGGGUGUAGUGAUGCAUGCCUGUAAGCUCAGCACUGAGACUGGGAGAUCGGAAGUUCAAACCUAGUCUAGGCACCUUAGGGACUUAUUAAGACCCUGUACCAUACAAACAAACCAUCUAUACUAUACACAUACUGUUUUUUUCUUGUUGUUAUUCCCUAAACAACACAGCCUAAGAACUAUUUACAUGUAUUUGUAAUUAUAAGUACUCUAGGGGUGAUUUAAAGUAUUUUGGAGGAUAAAUAAAUAAAAGUAUAUUGGAGGAUA